GCUUUCAAAACUGAAAAAUAAAGCAAUGUCAAAACCGUUCCGAUGACGGAAUUCGUUAGCAAUUGACAAGGGAAAAACUAAGAAGCACAACUGGACUCAGCAACAAACACGUUCGAAAUCCAUAGAAAAUGUUUGCCCGAAAAAAGGCUCAGGAACCGCCGAAGAAGCGAAAUCGGGACUUGUCACAGUUUGGCCUUUUCGAAAUUCCUGAUGAUUUCGAUCCAUCCGGAGGAGCGGACGGCGACGAAAAUGAUAGCGACCUGGAGGCGGAAUUGGCCGCUAUUACUUCAGGAGGCGGAUCGAAGCCAAAGCCACAGCCCCGCAAAAAGGAGGUGAUCCCGCAAUCGGACCUGGACAAAAUGGUCGCGGAAAGCCUUCGCGAUAUUGGCAGUGACGAGGAAUUGUCGGACGGCGAUGAAGACGACCCAAACUUAUUGGGGGAACUACAGGAGAUCACUGGGGAAGAAGUUGCGUCAACACCUCCUCCUGCUGCCAGCCCCGAACAAGAAAAAAAGGAAGAAAUUUUGUUGCCCACCACAACGGCUAGCACAAUUGACUUGUUGAAGUCCCGGAUUGCCAUGUAUCAAGCGGCAGAAGCAAAUGCUAAGGCUGCAGGCGAAGCUGGCAGAGCGCGACGGUUCAACAGAGGAUUGAAAACUUUGCAGGAUAUGUUGAAACAAGCAUCGGCUGGUCGGAGCAUCAACAAGGAUGAUAUUCCACCAGAAGUGUUUGUUAAGAAGCCUGAGAGUGGUGGGGAUGAGCCUGCCCAACCGCAACCCCCUCCAGUUCCAGCACGCGCUGCACCAGCUCCACCACCAUCUACACCUCCCACAUCACCACCACCAGCUGCUCCUGCCCCGAUAAUCCCCACUACCAUCCAGCGUCCCGAGAACCCCAACCUUCCGGCACUGUUAUCCCGCCAGCACGAGUAUAAAGUAGCCGCUUUGACCGCCAAAAAGUCCGGAGAUACUGCCUCUGCCAUGGAGUUCGUCAAGAUCAUAAAGCAAUUCGAUCUGGUCAUCAAAGCCGCCAAAGAAGGACAAGAAGUUGACCUGAGUGAUAUGCCUCCACCGCCAAAUGAAUUGAAAGAAUUUCUCGCGAAAAUGCAAGCUGCAGCCGAAGCCCCAGCAGCACCGGAACCUACUCCACCACCUCCAGCAGCCGAAGAGCCUGCUCCAGCAAUGCAAGAGCCAAGAACGAUGUUGGAAGCAUUACAACAGCGCCUGGACAAGUAUAAAUCUGUAGAAGCGGCCGCCAAAGCAGAGGGCAAUUCAGGCAAAGCCAGGCGAUUCGGACGAAUCGUGAAACAAUACGAGGACGCUAUUAAGCUCCACAAAGCUGGGAGACCUAUUCCCGUCGAUGAGUUACCAACUCCACCUGGAUUUGGACCCUUGCCCACAGGAGAUGCUCCCGCGCCUAAACCAGCGGCUCCAACACCCGCUCCAGCACCCCAACCAAAACCGGCUCCUUCUGUACCAGCAACUCCUCCAAGAUCUACCCCUUCGACACCGUCCCCAAGUAAACCUUCGCCACCUCCCAAGCCAGCAGGCUCCUCGCACGAAGGCACCACUCGCAUGUCAGGAAAUCAAGUCGGGACUACCCUUCAGGAAAAACAAAUGGCGAUUUUGACGCAACGACAACGAGAGUUCAAGCUGGCGGCCAUCGAAGCGAAGAAAGCUGGCGAGAUUGAACAGGCCAAGGAAUAUUUGAAGAUCUACAAAGGAUUCGAGUCGGUACUAAAUGCAGCCAGUUGUGGAUUACCGGUCGAUAUGAACACGCUUCCCAUUCCACCGUCACAGAGGGACAAGCUGGAAGACUCAUUUGCAUUUGUUAGUGAAGGCGAUUGUGAUCCCAGUGAGGAAGGCUCCGAUUCAGACUUGGCGGUCCGGUUAGAAGAACAGUUGGUUAAACAGCUGAUGAUGUGCAAAAAUACCAGAGAUCACCAUAAAGCGAUGGGCGACGUAGCUGGAAUGAAUCGAUUUGAAAACUUGGCUUUAUCUGUUCAAAAGGAUUUGGAUAUGCUCCGCUAUGCCAAAAGAAAAAAUCUUUCCAUACCACGGUUCCAUUAUGAACAAAAAAGCUUCAAUAUCGUCCAUUGUAAUACAGAUUUAGGUGAAAACGAAGUAGAAAUAGUUCUAGUCCGCGGAAUACAAUACAACGUGCCUAAUCCUAAGGAUGUUGACACUUACGUUAAGGUUGAAUUCCCUUACCCCCAGGACGAUCCAUUCAAGACCAGAUCGAAUCUCGUUAAAAACACCGACAGUCCAGAUUAUGAUCAAACUUUCAAAGUCGAAAUACAACGAAGUAACCGCCAAUGCCAGCGAGUAUUCAAACGACAUGCUGUGAAAUUCGAAGUGUAUUCGAGAGGAUGCUGCCUAGGUGGAAUUUGUUGGAAAUUCCCAAUGUGUUGUUUUAGUGGUUUUCUACGUUCGGACAUUUUAAUUGGGACUGUAAGUGUGAAGCUCGCACCGUUGGAAACGAAAUGUGAUAUUCAUGAAUCGUUUGAUUUAAUGGAUGGCCGAAAACCUGUUGGCGGAAAGUUGGAAUUGAAAGUUCGCGUACGCAAUCCAAUUGUGGCUAAACAAAUCGAGCAUAUAAAUGAGAAGUGGCUUAUACUGGAUUCCUAAAGACAACGAGACGACGCAAAUACAAAUCAACUUUAAUGCAACCAGUUGCCUUAAAUUCCAUUGAAUGACACUUUAUUUUUUACGAGCUAAGCCUACCUACAAUAAUUUCCAGUCGUUUUGUAUAAGCAAACAAAAUGUACCCUCAUGAAUCUGUAUAUGAUGCUGAAUUUAACUAUAAUUUGUACAUACUAAGCAAUCUUGCAAAGGUGUUAAACACGUUUUCUUUUGGAGACAGGAAUCAAGCUACUGGCGCCAUUAUGUAUAUUUGUUGCUAGCUAUUAUAUAUUCGUAUGUUAAUUUAUAUCGGGCUUUUACUAUUGAAUGACUGUAUUUUAAUAGAAAAGAAAAUAAACAGUUGUUAAAUGUGA